UUAAAGGUGAAUUUGAAUUUGAUGUAUUUAUGAACUAAGAGUGCGCAAAAUAUUUCUUUAUAACAGCCAAAAAAACUGACAUCAUGACUUCUGUAUCUGUGCCAACUGUUAAAAGAACUGCCAUCAUGGCAUCACCGUUAGGUUCUGCAAGGAAAAAGCACCCAGGAAAAGCCAUUAUGGCAGGUGGAAUAACAGGAGGUCUUGAAAUACUGUGUACUUUUCCAACAGAGUAUGUUAAAACACAGUUACAAUUAGAUUCACGUGCUGCAGUGCCUAAAUACACAGGUAUCUUAAAUUGCAUCUCAACUACGAUAAAAAACCAUGGUUUUUUCGGGUUAUAUCGAGGUCUUAGUUCACUCCUUUAUGGUUCUAUACCAAAAUCAUCUGUAAGAUUUUCAACAUAUGAAUUCCUGAGAAAUAGAAUGGCAGAUUCACAUGGUAAACUCACCCAUUCAGCUACACUUAUGUGUGGGUUAGGUGCAGGAGUGGCUGAGGCUGUACUUGUUGUUUGCCCAAUGGAAACCAUAAAAGUGAAAUUCAUACAUGAUCAAACACAGCCGAAUCCUAAAUACAAGGGAUUCUUUAGUGGCGUUUAUACUAUCAUCAAAACAGAAGGGCUUCAUGGUACAUAUCGAGGACUUACAGCAACAGUAUUAAAGCAAGGUUCAAAUCAAGCAAUACGAUUUUUUGUAUUCAACAACUUGAAAUCUUAUUUUCAAGGUGAUGAUCACACAAAAGAGAUAGGUCCAGUUAAAACAUUUUUUAUUGGAGGAAUAGCAGGUGCAGCUAGUGUGUUUGGAAAUACACCUAUUGAUGUUAUCAAAACAAGGAUGCAGGGUUUGGAUGCACAUAAGUAUAAGAACACAUUAGAUUGUUUGUUAAAAACAUGGCGUGAAGAAGGACCGUUUGCUUUUUACAAAGGCGCCAUUCCCAGAUUGGGCAGAGUGUGCUUUGAUGUUGCGUUUACAUUUACUCUUUAUGAACAGGUGAUGAAGGGCUUAGAUAAAGUUUGGAUAACCGAUUAAAGAACUCAUAAAACAACGAGUUUUUCAGAAAAAAUUGUUUCUAAAAAAUGUUUUGAAUAAAAUAUUUAUAGAUUUUUGUAUAAAAUAUUUAA